UUGUAAAGUUAAGAAUGGCAACGUCCGGGGAAGAAACAGAUGCCUUUAGCAGGCUUUAUAAAAAGACAGAAUUUGAUAACUUGCUUUUAAAACUUGGAGGAUGGUCACGAUUUCAACAAAUACAAUGGGUCCUCCUCUUCCUCGCCGCCGUUCCCCAAGCAUGGUACACUUACGCCCCAGCUUUCGCUGCUGCAAAACCAAAAGAAGACCAGAUUUACUGCAUUGAAAAGCCGGAGAUAGGAGGGAAAUCAUUUUGCGCUGCGUGGCAAAACAAAACUUGCACAGAUGCUGGAUACAAGACGCCUUACAAAUCCAUUGUUACUGACGUAAGUGACUGUUUACUUCAACAUGACUUUGAAAAAUUUGGAUACUAAGAGAAAAAGACGAGAGGGGUAACCGAUUUUGCAUGGCAGCUAAAAAAAUGUUACAAUGAGGAAAUGAUAAGACCCGCUACCGCUAUGUAUCGCGUGAUUUCACCCAGUAAUGUAAGUUGAGUAGAUUAUCCAUCUGAUCACGUAAUUAGUUAUUAUUCUCCCAGAAGGAGUACGGUAUGUAUUCUUUCCUCCAAUGUUUUCUUAUUCAGAGAAGCUCAACUGCAUCAAUAGCUUUAAUUUGUAGCGUUCUCUUCACAGAAUUGGGUAGAAAUUAUGAAAAUCCCCACUAGGGUGAAUUCCGUGCGUUCCUCUGUCUUACCCGCGCUUUUUACGGAUCGUAACUUAGACAAACUUUAAAAACAUCGCCCUAAUGCUCUGUAAAUGCAUAAAGUUUCUGACUCAGAGUAAAACUCACGUCACAUCAUAUCUAUUGUCUGCAUGUUUUAAACAAACAAGCGAAUUAUUACGUGCAAAUAUUUGCUUAAGAAGUUGUGCCCUUAUUUGAUUUGUUCAGAUUAUCUGUUGUCGUGAUAUUGGUGAACUAGUCUGCGUAGCUGGAGGUAUUGUGUAGUAGUCGAGUGAGAUUUGGCGGCAAAGCCUUCACGAGCGGCGUAAGCCGCGAGAAAUAGGUAUUUCAAAGCGUCGUUCCCACUCCCUUUUUUUGAUCACGGCUCCGUCACCACAACUUUAAUCGCGCACCAAGACAAUACCGCCAGUUACGCAGGCUAUUGGUGAAUGGACGUGACAAAUAUGAAAGGUGAUAUUUGAUAAAUGCAAAUCUGGUUUCUAUGUCACUUUUAAAUAAAUGGAAAAAAAAUUACUCGCAAUAAAGUCGAUCGUACGUUAUGUAUGUUACCAGGGUAUUUUUAUACUUGAAGGGAAAUUUUUAGCCUGCGAAAACAGCCGUUUCUCCUCGCUCUACGCCGCGCCUCGGCGAGGAGCGAGGGGAAACGGUUGUUUUCGCAGGCAAGGAAAUUUGUAACUAUUUUGUCCAAGAUUGUAGAUAUGAGAGUCCUCAAUAAACACUUAACCCCUAAACGCUUGCGUAACAGUCAUGAAAAUAUAGAAAAUGUAAGAAUGUAAGUAAGCAAGGACUACUAAAAUUCCUCUCUUGUUAUAGUAUUUCUACACCAUUGUAACCCGGAAAAUGUACGUAGAACCAUGAGUAGAAUUGCAGGUAAAUCUUAAUCAGUUAUGUUUUUUAUUUUCCUUUCAGUGGGAUAUCUUAUGCGACGACGCAAAGAAAUAUGUGCCACUCACGAAGACCAUAUUCUAUGCGGGAAAACUGUUCGGUGCGUACUUUUUCGGCUGGGUAUCCGACAGAUAUGGGCGCCGAAUGACCUUACUUAUUACUAUGCUUGUGCAGUUCAUUGCAUCCUUGAUAGAAAGCUUCUCCGUGAACUUCACCAUGUAUGUUGUGCUUAGGGUUCCUCUUGGUAUAUGUAGUGGAGGUAAGAUCAAAUACUUACAUGUAUUAGUGAAUACAUUAGUCUCCUUCGCAACCUCUCCUACCGGGCUCGAGCCGGAGUCACGCAACGCUCUUCGCCUCCUGGAUUGCGUGACUCCGGCCCAAGAGGUUGUGCAGGAUGUAUACAUGUGCACAUCCCAUACAGGGCGAGACUCUUUCCCAUUCCCCUUCUGUUUGUUAUUUUCGAGGCGGGUGGCAGGAAUGUCAGGAAUUAAGGAGGAGCCAGUUUUCCUUUGAUGCAAUGUACAAGUUGUAGGCCAGUUAAAGGAAAUAAGCAUCAUAAAACUAAUCAAGACAACGUCCAACGCUUAUUAAAGAAAAUGUUGCCCCUGCAAACAACUCAUUCAGCACCAGGCUUUUAUGUUCUCUUGCCAGCACUUAGAUUUUUCCUUCAUUUAAGGAUAGCUAGUGCGCUGGGUCACGCUGUAUUUCUAUCAAACGAAACCCCCCAGCAACAAAUCAUUGCUGAAAACUCCGUAAUUAUUCAUAAUUAUCACCAGAAUGAAGCAUUAAGGCCUUGUACCUCUGUGUUGAAUUUCCUUUUACAGGAUGCCUUAUCGCCGGUUUCCUGCUCAUGACCGAGAUGGCGACUCCUAAAUGGCGGCGCUGGGCUAACUGUUUAUCGCAGGUUGCCUACGGUGUUGGGAUUGCUGUGCAAGCCUUGAUUGCGUUCUUCAUCAGAGACUGGAAACCCUUCAGCUUAGUGAUCACUCUUCUUAACCUGCCGUUCAUUGCCUACUACUGGUAAGGGAAGACCCUCAUACUCCCUCGUUCAUGUUUAAAUUCUCCAUUCCCCCACCCCACCCCCUGAGCCAAACAAACCUGGAUCUCAAACCCCGUUCUAAAACGGCGUCAGUUUUCGAAUGUCUAAACGGCAACUUCGUUUUAUGGGUGUCAUCUUAGAGAGAGAACGAGAGUCAAUGUGAAUCGGAGACCUAUCAUUAAAUGUACACGAACACGAACUAAAAAUUAACCGUCUGCACAAAUGACUAUUUUUUUAGUUCAUAAUAUCAUCGUUUCUAAAAUUUAAUGCACUGGAGUAUAUUGCAAAGUCAGAGGAAACGCAAUUAUAGAGCUCGAAUCUACAAAACUAGACAACGUACGUUUUUCGGCCAUAACCCUUAAGUUAGUUAUUUAAGGCAAGAGAGUACGAAUGAGCCCUUUUAACGACAUUAUUUUCGCUUCAUUUACGAUAGGUUUAUUCCUGAGUCGCCUCGCUGGCUUUCAGCUAGAGGAAGAGUGGAAGAAGCUGAAGCAAUCUUGCGUAAAAUGGCAAAAACAAAUGGUACGGAGUACCCAGAAGGAGCUGUACAAGGGAUGCAGACAGAAGGAAAACCCGAGGAAAGAAAAAAGACUUAUCACCUGUGGCACCUGUUUAGUAAUCGAUACUUGAUAAGAAUCACUCUUAUCGAGGCGUGGUCUUGGUAAGUUGAAAAGGGACCCUGUCUACACUAGUAAUAAGAAAGUAAAGAGCUGGGUUUCUAUACGAUAUCAGUCUAGACGCACCGCAUCUCUUAACUAGAAUCUUAACCAGAAACCGGCUAGCCGGCAGGUCCACAGCGUACAAACGUCUGGGGAUUUUUCUUGUCAAGUUUUCUCAACAAGUGCUCUUGUACAAGCAAAAUAUAAUAGUUGGUCCUUUGAGGCUCGCAAACGCCAAAUUGCGCAUAGCUACUAAAACAGACUACAUGAACCAUGGCAGUUGCUGCUGAGCGAGAAAUAUUCUCUCAUUUUAUCUCUCUUUUCUUUACAGGUGCGUGACCAGCAUGGUGUAUUACGGGCUCGGUUUCAACUCGGGCAAUUUGGCGGGAAAUUUUUACUUGAACUUUGCUGCAUCCGGAUUGGUGGAAAUUCCUGCGUACCUGCUCGCCACCUAUCUCGUAGAGAAGUAAGAAAAAUCUCUCCGUGAUAUUCUCUUUUUGCAGGAGCUCCCGCUUUUUGUUAGUAUAGUCUGUAGGGUGGGUGUAGGGUUUAAUGGCUCUCGAUAAUGCGACGUCACAUUUUUCCACCGUGUUGGAACCGACCACGUCAGCCAGUUUCCUAUCCAGUCUUUCUAUUAUCCAUGAUUUGUACGUUGGGGUAGACACAGGUAUGGCAGAAUAGCAAGGCAGUGCAGCGCGAGGACCUGCGCGCGCAUCUCUGUCGCGCGUCUCUUUUAACGCUUAAAGGCCUCCCGUGGAUUAAAAAUAUAGGUGAAGACUGGGAACGGGCCAGGGUCCAUCUGUCAACAUGACCAUAUCAGAAAUAUAAAACACAAACAGUGGUGACAAACAUUGUUGUGAGCUUUCGCAUGUUUAUAUACAGCUAUUUCGAGACAGGUUGUCGGAAAAACUGUGCUCGCGACAAUCCCGAAGGGUAAUAUGGGGUAUGAUCAAUACACUGUUCCUGACAUUGUAGCUGGCUGCUCAGUGUCAAGGCUGGUUUUCACAGGCGUCUGAGUCGCAAGAGCACUCGAAAAUGAGAAAUCGGAGUCCUAAGUGGAGUUAUAAGCGCAAGAAUCAAUACGUUUCCAUUAGGACACCGCUUGUAACUCCGUCGCUUACGACCUCGUGAAAACGAGAGAGUGAAAAUUAGAUUUUCAUAAGCAUUGUUAUAGAAACAGACGCGGAAGAAUAUACCAAUGAAAAUGCUCAUACCCUCACCAUGUGACGGGUUUGCUAUUUUUUUUCCCCUUCUUUCUACGAUUCCGAUUAACCAGAUCGUAAACGACGAAGACGUAAGUGGGAUCCGAUCCGUCGAUUAGAUCAUAGCGUUCUAGAUGUGUUGUGGUCGCCUUUUGUACAGGGUUGUACUAUCGCUUACAAAAAACUAAGGUUUUACUCGUCCUCCUCACUACAAUUUAGUUGUCUUUUUUCUCAUAUCGCCCUGUUUAAUUUUUUUCUGACAGAGUGAACCGCCGUUUUCCUUUGGUGGCUUAUUAUAUUAUUGGAGGAGUGGCUUUGAUAUGUGUUUUCUUCAUACAACUAUCAGGUAGAAUGCUCAAGUAACUGCAGUCACUCUGAUCUAGUCAGACCGUAUUCGCCAUGCUUAUAAUCUUGACCGUGGGAAAGACAUUAUCAGUUAAAUACUUGGAAACAAUCUAAACACAGUCGAACCUGUACCUUCGAAUAUAAAUUCUGCAUAACGGCCAUAGCCACCGUAGUCUGCUACACAGCCGUUUUUAGUGUCGUCACGCAAUGCUCCUCUCCACUAAGUGGGGAGGAGCGUUGCGUGACGACACUAAAAACGGCUGUGUAGCAGACUAUAGCCACCGAGCAUGCUCUUCAUUUGGGGGACAUUACAAGAAGUCAUGCGCGAGAAGCACGUGAAAGGAAACACGGGAGCGAUGGGCGGGGGUUUGCCGCUUGCUUAUGCGUUCUCCCCCGGCUCAUUUUGCUCGCCAAUCGGAUUGGAGGGCUUGCUCGAAGGGUAUCACGGCCAUUUAGAAGCGAAAGAUGUAGAAACAAUUUUCUAAUUUUCUUUCCAUUGCCCCAAAAUAUGAUGUCGCAUUACGUUUCUUACCCCACCCAGCCCACCGAUAAGGGGCAAACCAACCCUCGGUAUGUAUGCGAGAAUGAAAAGUGAGGUUGUACCGUAGUUUUUAUAUAACAAAGAGAGAAAUGCCAUUUCGCUAUUACCCUAUUAGAAUUAACGAAUAAAACCGACAACAAAAUUGCCCUUGUAGUACUUAAUUUGCACCAACCAGGAGAUUAAAAAAUGCUUCUGAAUGAAUUCACUAUCUUUUUCCUCAGGAAAGCAAGAUGAUCAUAAAGCUCUCAUCAUGGCACUGGCCUUGAUUGGAAAGUUUACUAUUUCUGCUGCUUAUUACCAGAUUUAUAUACACACCGCGGAACUGUACCCAACAGUCAUAAGGUAAUAACACAACAUGGAGUGGAAGACACUAGCCUGUUUACAAUCCCCUGUUUUUCCUUAAGAUCGUUGAGAUCGAGGGCUUACUGUAACGGGCGACCUUAAUUUGAAGGAAUCAUUUUGACAGAAUUUCUGGUCAACUUAACAUGGCUUUUUGCGUUUUUCCCACCAUGUUUGAAUGUUUCGCGCCAGGAGAGGAUAUAGAGCUCUAUACUCUCUUGUCUGCGCUCAUUCGGGCAUGCUAUGAAAGAUUCCCCCACCCGCCGGCUCAAGAUAAGUGAAAUGUCAAAAUUGUCUGCAGUCUAUGACCAUUAAAACUCAUCGGCGUCAAAAGCGUUGCAAGGGAAGAGGAUCCAACUGGCGGUUGAAUUGUGAAUGGGUUAAGUCUUUAAGGCCCAAGUAUGAUCAACAUCAAUUUUUUCCAAAAAAAAUAUUUAUACAUUACGGUUAAAAGAAAAGAUUUCGAGAGUCAAUGAGAUGAUUACCAAAAGGCAAAUGCUUUGGUCUUUUGUCUAAUUCUCUCGCCUAAUUCUUUAGAACGUUUCAGGGAACAAGCAAUUAGUGCAAUACAUUUAACAAAAGGCUUCCUUCUAUUCUUUUGGACGGUAUGUAUCUACCGGUUUACCAGCCCCGUUCUUAGGUUUCCAUCCUACUCGUCCCCUGGGAACGAGGUUUUUCUGGCGAAGAAGAGGGUUUAUUGUUUUGUCUUGUUUCAUUAACAGGACCAUUGGAGUUGGUUUCUCCUCUUUGUGCGCCCGAAUUGGAGGAAUGGCAGCUCCUUACAUAGUGGUGAGCAAAAAAAAAAGAAAAGCAUUAAGAACUGUCCUACACUAGGAGCUAGAAAGAAACUAGUUUGCGUCCUGUGACAAUAUUUGUACCGGCCUCUAGCAACCAUUCAAAAACUGACGAGUAGCCCUUCGCUCGUCUCGACGUUGUUGUGUAAGAGAGUGAAAUCAAAACUACCCUGUUAAAAUAGUGGCAUAUAUUUCAAAACCGAAACUCGCUUUUCCAUGAAACAAGUUUCUUGAAGGUACUAUAAAAUCUGCGCCAUAAGGCCUGGGAAAACUGAUACAAUGUUGUAAGGGGUUAUGUCUAGGCUAGUACCCUUGGGUUAUUUCUGGAGGGUCUUUACUGACCUAAGUAAGCUGUUAGUGUCGAAAUAGAUGAUAAGCCUGCAAUCAUAGGGAAUGGUGCAAGGGAUUAUAACCGCGGUUUUUCGGUGACGAUCGUUUGUUACCUUUCCAUUACAGGACAGCACUCCGUUAGUCGUCCCUGCAAUCGUGUUUGGUGCUACGUCGUUUUCAGCUGGUCUCACCGCCAUUCUGCUCCCCGAGACACGUGGAAAACCACUCCCAAAUUUUGUUGGAGAAGCAACUCCAGAUGACAAAGAUCUUAUACCACUGGUAGAAAGGAAAGAACCAGCUGGGGGCGACACGUCUGUUUAGAGGACAGUUGACUCUUCUUCUAGAUGUACACCUUUUUAAAAAGGAUUCCAGACAACUAGACUUCUAGCGCGUUCAAACGUUUGAGGCGUUUUCUUUUCAAUUAGCGGCAUUUCAUUUACCAUUACAGUCAAGGCAGGUCAAGC